AGUCCGCGGACACCAAUCGCGCCGGCUGCACGCUACCUCCUGCCCAAACAGACGACUUCGUCUACACUCGCGUCUUAUCUUUUAUCACUGUCAUCACUGUACUGUAUGUACAUCGCAAUAACUGACGAAUAAUCCGAUAAAGGACGCUCAUGAUAAACGUUCCCGCUAUGAUUUCAUUAUAAUUUAUCAUCGAAAGGUGAUGCGGUGCUUUCCUUAAAAAUAAAAUGGUCGAAUUUUCCGCGUUCUGUCUGAAGUGAUUUUGGAAAAAUCUGUGUUUGAAAAUUUAAAUAUGGGCUGCAAACUUUUUGUGUUUAUGACUAAUUUGUUAGUCAUAUCGCUAGUGAGCUGCAACCCAUGUUCAAGGCAGCAGAGUAUAAACAUUACAAGUGGCGACCUCCAAGACGGUAACUCUAUUCUGCACGGAGGGUUGGUGUAUAAGACUGGACAGUGGUAUGAAGUUGAGGAGGACGGUAUCGUAUCCCGAUUCGGGUGUCCCUGCUUAGAGUCAAACCGAGUGUGCAUAAGAAAAUGCUGUAAUCCCAGACACAUGUACUUAGGCUACACCUGUAAGGAACCUCCUGAAGAAUCCCUCCUCGUCUUCAACCCGAAAGUCCACAAGGGGAAAGACCUGUUGAAUGUCACCGCGAGUUUGCAUUUCUUCUAUUUGCAUGGACUACAGUGUGAUAAAUACUUAGUGGAUCCCUCUGUUGACCCUGAGGUGUUGUAUAUCCAAGAGAACGGCACGCUACUUGAGUACAGCCAAAUCAAUGACACGGCGCAAUGGGUGGCGCCUUCGGAAUACUGCGUCGAUAUGAUGACCGAUGACAGGGAUUCCAUAAGGAUGAUCGCGUUGAUCUGCUACCAGAAUACUAACCACGCUGAUGAUAGUCCGGCGCUUUAUAUUUCUUAUGCUGUUGGCCUCCUACUAUCGGUGCUGUUCUUCCUGGCCACGUUCAUGGUGUAUGCCUUCAUUCCUGAGCUCCGUAACCUCCACGGCAUGUGCCUGAUGGCCUACUGCGCGGGGCUGAUCGUGGCCUACAUUUGCCUGGCCUAUCUGAAGAUGCACUUCGGAGAGGAUGGCGAGGACACCAUGACAGGGUGCAUAGUCAUAGCGUUCAUCGUGUACUACUCAUUUCAGACCAGCUUCUUCUGGCUCAACGUCAUGUGCUUCGACAUCUGGAGAACUUUCAGCGGGUACCGUGGCAGCACCUCCACCAAAAAGCGGGAAAUGAGGAGAUUCGCCGUGUAUGGCGUGUACGCGUGGGGGAUGCCCGCUCUCCUCACAGCCUGCACUCUGAGCAUGCAGUACGCCAAGUUGCCUUACUGGGUCAUCAAGCCAGGCUUUGGAGACAGAAAAUGCUGGUUCAGCAAUUGGCUGAGCGAGUUAGUCUACUUCUACCCGUCUGUGCUUGCUCUGGUGAUCUGCAAUCUGGUGCUAUUUACCAUCACGGCCCACAGAAUCCGCUCCAUCCGACAGGAGACCGCCAUCUUGAAGGGUUCCAAGUCAACUUCUAAGCUCAAGCAAGACAAACAAAGAUACUCUCUCUACUUGAAAUUGUUCAUUGUGAUGGGCAUCAACUGGACGGUGGAGCUGGUGAGCUUCGCAGUGGGUGGCUCCAACUGGUACUGGGUCCUGUUGGACAUCUCCAACAUCAUGCUUGGCUUCUUUAUAUUCAUUAUCUUCGUUUGGAAGAAAAAAGUCCGCAAUUUGGCGAGAAGAAGAUACCGCAGCAUCCGUGGUCUGCCUCCCAUCACGUCGGAGUUCCGCAAGAGUACGAAUGUGACCAGCACCGCGGUGACGGAGGAAAGUCGCCUCUCCUCUGACGACGCUCACGUACGACUGAAGGAUAUGAACUGACAUCGUAAGAUAGGGCUCAAGAAUUCUCAUAUGGAUAUGCCGCUACAUUUUUUGCAUUAAGAUUCAAGCACAUUUUUAUAAUUUAUGAGGAGUGCAGAGUAAAUGUGUGCGUUUGUUGAUUACCUAUAUGCAGUAUUGAUGAAUUUUGAUUUUUUAAUAUUAAAGUAGGUACCUAAACAUUGUAAUGAACAUCACAGCCAGUUUUAAUCCCGGCUGUUUCAUAAAACUCAAAUGCAAUUAAGUACCUUAGUAGUUACUUAUUGUUAUAAUAAACAUUGUAAAAUCAAGAAGUAAAAAAUGAUGUGAAAAUUUAAAAGAAGAGGAUCACCUAUUUAUUCAUUCCUUCCAGCUAUGAUUUAAUCUUAACAAUUAAGUUUAUUUGGUGAAGCUGUAGGUAAAAUAAAUAUUUAUGCCACCCCAUACAAAUUGAGUGAUCAAUGAACUCGUUCAGCCGAUGCCACUUUGUAAGGAAGGUCUGAAUUUUAUGUUCUUAUAAGACUAAAUUUGUUUAACGAUUAAAUAUAAGCUCAUGUUUUCAUAAAGAUACUCACAUAACGUAGUAACUAAGCAUACGAGUAUUAUAAAAAUCUGGCUGUAAGAACGGCGGUAAGCCACCUACCUAGUUCAUAGAUACUUUUACCUUGUGUGAGUUUUUGAACCUAGUAUGAUGUAAAAAAAAUUAAAGGAAUGUAAAAUAAUAAUUUGGCUCUCUUUUAGGUCUUUCGGUAUUGUUAAGAUAGAAAUUAUAAGAGUGCUCGCAAAAUUUGUACAUAAAUAAUUUAGAAUGUAACCUUUAUCGGGACAUGACAAGUACCUGAUUUUCAACCGAUGAUCAUCAACCCGCGCGCCGUGUAGUUCCCGGCGCCAAUAGAAAAUGGAAUAGGACUACUCCAUCUUCUUCCCAUGGAUGUCGUAAAAGGCGACUAAGGUAUCGGCGUACAAACUUGGAAUUCUUCUUUUAGGCGAUGGGCUAGCAACCUGUCACUAUUUGAAACUCAAUUCUAACAUUAAGCCAAACAGCUGAACGUGGUCUUUCAGUCUUUUCAAGACUGUUGGCUCUGUGUACCCCGCAAGGGAUAUAGACGUGAUGAUAUGUUAGUAUGUCUCAUCAACCCGGCGGUUCUACCGUUGAGAGAAAGUUACAACUAGCUUUUGCACGGGGAUACAGUCACGUCAGAAUUUCCAGAGGAACAGUUAUUCCUAAAGGUCUACUCUAUCAGUGUACCAAAUUUCAUCAGAAUCGAUUCAGUAGUUUAAAAGUUAACAUAAUUACAAGAAUAGGUACAAAACUUUUAUAUUUAUUAUUAGUGUAGAUGUGCAUAAAUGUUAAUGAAGACAGUCGUUAGGUCAGCAAGAAAAAAGUGGAUUUUGCUUAGCAGUGGAUCUAUUAGACGGCGAAAUAGAUGUAUUAAGUACUACAAUUUACAUUUAAAUUAUACUAACCAAAAUAAAUACAUAUAAAUAAAAA